AUGUACCUUUUGUCAAUUCCUUCUAUCCAAACAUCCCCUUCUACCACAACCCCUUCUGUAAAAUCUUACUCCUCCCUUUCCUAUGACGCACUUCUCCAUCACGACCUCACGGCGGUCGGGCUCCUAAAAAUACAGGAUUUCGGCUUUCAGUUCGAGCACCAGGUGAUGGCCUACGAGGAGUUCCCCUACUCGUCGCUGAUCAAGACGUACAGCGCGGACAAGGUAGUGACGGACUCGGCCGCUAGCUCCACGGCGUACCUGAGCGGCGUCAAGGGGAACCAGGCGACCAUUGGGGUGGACGCGCAUGUCACCCUCACGGACUGCAACGCAAUGAACACCCCGCAGUACCACACCCGCUCCAUCCUCAGGGACUUCCAGGACGCGGGCAGGUCGACAGGUAUCGUAACGGUAACCCGAGUCACCCACGCCUCACCUGCCGGCAACUACGCCCACACUGCAGAGAGGCACUGGGAGAGUGACGACGACAUCAAUGACGUGGCGGGCGACACGGAGCUCUGUGACGACAUUGCAGAGCAGCUCGUGUUGGGGGAGACGGGCUCGCGCAUCAAGGUGAUCCUGGGGGGCGGGCGCCAGAAGCUGACCCCCAAGGGCGUGGACGACCCUGAAGGCGGCGACGGCGGCAAGAGGGACGACGGCAAGAACCUGAUCGAGACGUGGCUCACUCAGAAGCAGGGGCUGGGCAACGCCUCCUACGUGUGGCACCGCUCCGAGCUGAUGGCCCUCGACACCUCAAACACGGACUACCUCAUGGGACUCUUUGACUGGAAGCACAUGUCCUACGCCGUUGACCAGGACACCUCCAACCCCAGCCUCGAGGAGAUGACCACGAAGGCCCUGCAAGUACUCAGCCGCGAUCCUAACGGCUUUUUCCUGUUCGUCGAAGGCGGCCUCAUCGACAAGGCCCACCACCUCAACGAGCACAGGUCAGCGUUGGAGGAGGCGCUGGAAUUCGAGAAGGCGAUCAGCGCGGCCAUAUCGAUGACCGACCCGGAGGAGACCCUGAUCAUCGUGACGGCCGACCACUCCCAGCCCCUCAUGAUCAACGGUUACCAGGACAGGAUGAGCGACGUGCUGGGUGAGUGUUGAGGGUGGUGGUGGUGGUGA